AUGGUCUUAUUAAAUAAUGAAGUGUUUCUAAAUGAGCUCACUAAGCUGUUCCAGAAUGCAAGAACGACAGGAUCAGUAACAGUGACAAUGAAAAGAUACGAUGGUCGUAAAACACCGAAUCCUAAGGGUGGUUUAGCUAUUCCAAAUCCUGAGUACAAAUGUUUAAUGAGGGCACAGUGUCAUAGUAAAAAAAUAUCAACAGUUAUUGAACAGAAAGAUGUAGAAACAUUUACAAAUGCAUACUCUAAUUUAUUAAAAACUAGUAUCAAUGGCUUAAAAAGGUUGAAGAAACCAAAAAAGAAGGCAAUGGCAGCUCAAUAA